GACACGAGCUCCGGCCGUGGAAAGUGCUGGUUGGUGUUUGAAUGCACUAAAAUCUGCCUAUACUUCCUUGCUUUCAAAGUUUUGCACAGAUUGAGGUAUUUUUGCUGUCAUCUACAGCUGUUUACGGCUGGUUUUCAAGACAUGGGGAAAAGAACGUUUCUUUGGAGCCUGUUAGGCCUUCUUCUUAUUUCAAGUAAGCAUAACCAGAGCAGUCUUUUUGCUUUAUUAGCUGGCUCGCACGGAGAGACGAUUAUGAACUACUUGCACAAAGCUGUCGUGACAGAAUGCAAACUCGCUUAACACACGCGAAGAUUUAUGUGUGGCUGAAAUGGAUUUUUUCCGUUUUGUGUGAAUUUUUUCUUAUACAAUUUAAGUCUGAGAAGGCGAUGAGCUUUGUACGGAUUUUCCUGAUUGCUACUGGCAUCAGUGAGGUGUUGAGUUCCGGCCUCUUCUGAAGUCCACUUUCGUCUUUCGGUCAGUGUUUUUCUAUCGCGAUGGUUUUCCUUUCUUGUGUUUGGUGUACUUUCAGUCAAACUCUUAUUCAGCGAAUUGAAAUUCUUGACUGAGAUUGCCUUAUAAAUCUUUGAAAGUCUAUUCUAAGACGUUGCUGGUGUAGGUCUUUGUUUACUCGUAGUAUCCAUUUAAACGUAUCCGUAGCACUUUUUCUUUCGUCACAAAUAUAAAAUACACCUAAAAAAAAUCGUAGGUAGCUAACGUAAGGUAAAAUGGAAAGCAGUCAAGCUUUUCAUGGAAAGCUUGAUAUACAAAUCAUAACAAGGGUUUAUGUCUGUUUGAAUUUUUCCUUUUUUCUAAUUCAUUUGUGAACUUUAAACAUGACCAUUAAAAUCAACUCAUUCAUGGUUACCAUUCAUUUUGAAUUGAUUAGUAUUUUGUAUGUAGUUUUUUUAGUCAAAAGGGCGAUUUAAUCCAAAAAUGUAUGACCAGACACUUAAAUUUUUUUAAAAUUGGGCAAUGUUAUAUGUCAAGAUGUGAUUGGCUACUUUUCCUCAACCAAUGGGAAAAGGCCAGAUACCAAUUCCCUAUAGUAACAAGAGUUUGACCCUGUUUGAAAACAAAGCUGAGUUACUUUUCACGAGAAAAAUAUCCAUAGCAAUGAAUUUUAUCAGUUUGUGUAAAAUAGCUACGAUAUAUGAAUUACAGUUGAGAUUACAUCUUUUCGUUACGAUACUGAAAAAGCUCAUAAUUUUAGCAGGUAGUUUAGCACAAUAGAGUCUUUAACCUGUUAUUUAAACAGCUUUCAAAGAAUUUGAGUGUCAGUGCGGAUGUUUAUGCGACUUAAGCAUAAAAUAUUUAUUUUUUUGUUCAGAUAAAGAAAGAGCAAACUUUUAAAUAGUGACCAGUAUAUAUAACAAUGAUAUUUUAAGAUGGGAACUUUUAAUCUCCUUUAAAGUCAUGGUCUUUCUUUGAAGGUAAAUCACAUAAGAACAAAUUUUUGUUCCCCAAAGUGUCACAUUUUAAUCAGGUACAGGUAUUUUAACAAAACAGGUGCAUAAAUAUACAAUUAUUCAACCAGUAAAAAUAAGCUGUUUUUAUAUUCAUGUUGAAAAUGCCAGACAUUGAGUUGGUGGAAUAAUGCAAAUUUAGUUCUCCUGUUUUAAAUUUAAGAGAAAAAAGAGGUCCCUGUGAAACACCCUGUCAUCAAAACUUUUUUUAUGGUAAAAUUUAGUGAAAAGAAGAGGUCCUAAUAUAAGGGGCAGCAAGCAAAGAAAGUCUUAUCCGAUAGUCUGAGGCUAGUAGAUUUUAGGAUUGGUCUAGUGGAUUCUGUUCUUAACUUGCUGGAUGAGCGGUAAAGUUUUCUUGGGAAAUUCUAAUUACAGAAGAACUGAGAACAAUGCUGCUCAUAAAAAUUUGGGGGGUGGGUGAGAGGGGGUGGGGGGGGGUACACAGGGUGGGGCAGGUUAGUAUUGUUAGUUUCUUCUGUUGGUGUGUGUUUGUUUGUGCCAGUUUUGUGCGCUUGUUCUGUAUAUAAAGUGUGACGGUCAACUGAAGUCUUUAUUACUAGAAAUUUUUAAGGCAAGGCGCGUGAGGACAAGUGUGCAAAAGAGAAUUUGGGGGGGGGGGGGGGGGGGGUGGCGUGGGGCUAGUGCAUACUAGCUACAGCUUGCCGAUAUGGCAAGCUGUAAAACUGACUCUCUUUGCACCCUGAGGGGUGCCUGGAACAAAGCUCCUAAUAAAGUUUUUCAUACAUUGUCCUGUAAGAAAAGGGUGAAUUUAUCAUUGCACCCAAAGUUAUAUGGGGCCUGAACAGUGUACCCAUUGUAGCUGCUAAAGUGUCCACAACAUGUACAGUCUUUUUGGAUUGGCAAAUGUGAUGAUAAAGUGGUGUUUUCUGUGGCUCUUGUUUAGCUCUUUGCUUGGCUGAAGAAGAAAAGGCUGAAGAGAAAACAGAAACAGAACCACCAAAAGUAGAUGAAGAUGUUGGAAAAAGCAGAGAUGCUUCAAAGACAGAUGAUGAAGCAGUUGAGAGAGAGGAAGAAGCAAUUAAACUUGAUGGCCUUAAUGUAGCACAAAUGAAGGAACUUAGAGAAAAAGCUGAAAAGUUUGCCUUCCAGGCUGAAGUUAGUCGUAUGAUGAAGCUUAUUAUCAACUCUCUGUACAGAAACAAAGAGGUUAGUACUGUUGAGAUUAUAUAACUGUGUUAGAUUUCUUUCAUACAAGAUGCGUUGUUUUACUGUUGUGGCCAUUACUGUUUUUAAACGUCUGUGAAUGAUACCUACAUGUUAGGCAGUAAACAGAAUGUUGUUUGUUAAAAAUAGAAUAAAAAAAAAAUCUUGUGCUAUCAACUAAGGUGAUAAGGUGAUUGGAUAAGUACGGAGAUGUUCAUAAGCUGAAGUUUCAGGUGAUUAACUCUGGUGAAAGGCUAGCACUCAAAACAUCUCCUGUUGCAGUACAGCUGUACCUUAAUUGCUUUGAUCAACCAGUUGUUAAUACUAAGUCAGUGUAAGCUACCCAACUGCUUAUAGAUCCUUAUAGUUACUAUCAUACAUGUAUGUAUAAUAUCUUUAUUUUAAUAUUUUCAUGUUACUGUUGUCUAACCAUUUGUUUAAUUCACAGAUUUUCUUGAGAGAGCUUAUUUCCAACUCAUCUGAUGCCUUGGAUAAGAUAAGGUUUAUGAGUCUUACAGACAAGUCAGCCCUUGCUGCUACAGAUGAGUUGUCCAUCAAGAUCAAGGCUGAUAAAGAGAACAAUAUUCUUCAUGUAACUGACACUGGUAUUGGCAUGACAAAGGACGACCUCAUCAAAAACUUGGGCACCAUUGCUAAGUCAGGCACUAGUGAAUUUUUUCAGAAAAUGACGGUAAGAACAAUUGUUGAAUAACUUAAAAGUCCUAUGAAUUGAUUCUAUAAUAACUAAUUGCGCUUGAAAAUUACCCAGAGUGAACCUGCAAGAAAUCUCUCAUGUGGUAAAAAUUUUGCUGUCUUAAAGUGACAGUGACCCAUUUCAGGUACAGUAUCCUGUUGUUAACUGCUAAAAAACGGUUUUUCUUGUAGGAGGCCCAGUCAUCAGACCAAGCAAGUGAUCUGAUUGGUCAGUUUGGUGUUGGUUUCUACUCAUCAUUUCUUGUCGCUGACCGUGUAAUUGUGACAUCAAAGCAUAAUGAUGACAAACAGUACAUCUGGGAAUCUGACGCUGUGUCGUUCAGUAUCACAGAGGACCCAAGAGGUGACACACUGAAAAGAGGAACAACAGUCAGGUAAAACAACAGCAAUUACCAGCUAAGAUUUUUGCCAUCUCAUGAUUUUUGUUAAGCUUAUUGGCUUGGUAGUCCCUGGCUGUAAUGGGGGGGAUGAUAAUAUCAAUCUUUAACGUCAUGUAAUGUCAUGUAACAUAACACUGCGAUGGAGAAAUGUAUCAUAAACAGAGAUCCCAAGCAUCAAUCUAGCGCCAACUAUUUAAUAAACUUGAAAGUCUCGCAAAAACUGAAAUACAACAGGCAGAAUUAAAACUAUUACCAAAACAUAUAAGGCAAUUUAAAUGGUCUUAACUUGGGCACCCGGGGUGUGAAUAUCUAAGAAUCUAAACAACAAAAUAAUGUACUAACCGUAUUUAUUGGAAUAAACGCCACCCUUGAUUAAACGCUGCAGAUGGAAGCAAAAUUACCAAUAAUGAUGCUCUCGAAUAAACGCUGCACCUAAUCAGAAGAAUGCAGCGUUUACUCGAGGAUAAUAAGAAAAACCUUGGUACAACUUGGUAAUUUACACCAUCCAGACAUUUAAGAUUUUACCUCAGCAAAAUAUGAGGGACAUUGGAACCUUUAAAUUACAUAAUAUUUAGAAACAAUUUACAAUAACUGUUGUCAGUGACUUAAAAAAAGUGAUUUCGUACAAAUUGCCCCCCUCGAAUAAACGCUGCUGCGUUUAAUUGAAUAAAUACAGUAAGUGUAACAAAUCUGCUCCUCGCAAUCAAGUAUAAUAUAAUCAAGUUUUAUAUUAUUAGUAAAUACAAAAGUAGACAAGAUGUCAUACCCACUUUUCCUGCUCUAAAACUCUAGCAUUAACGAUUCUUCGAUGACUUAACUGUUGCUUGUAACUAACACGUCCCUCAUGGUCUGAAUGAAAGAUAACACUGAUGACUUACACUUAUGUAACAUGAAAACAAAGGGGCGUGGAUUUAAAUCACUAUGACACAAGUCACGUAAUCACAACUAAGAAUAUUGUCCUUAACACUGGUGCUAUUGUGUACGUAAAACAAGGUUUUGAAAAACGUUAGUACUUAGCAAAUAAGUGUGAUAGGUUUUAGACCAACCAGUCAGAAACCGCUGGGAAUAACCAAGGAGAAAUGAAACAACAUUGUUUUAUUUUAAGAAAAUUUCCAAUGAGACCACCUCUGGAGGUGAACAACUUUUUCCGGAAAAUUCCUCCCUGGACCAAACAGUGCCAUUAAUAAUGUUGUGUUGACCAAACAUUUCUAAUUUUGGCAUAAUGGAAGGCAGCUAUAGUUUUAAGCCAGAUUUAUUGGUGAAAAUACGCUAGAAUGUUACAUUACUGAUAAUUAUUAAACCAUUGUCUUUGUAGUGUUCACCUGAAGGAGGAAGCCCGUGACUUCCUGGAACCAAAUACAAUCAAAGAUCUUGUCAAGAAGUACAGUCAGUUUAUUAACUUCAACAUUUACCUGUGGACAAGCAAGACAGAGGAAGUGGAGGAACCAAUAGAAGAGGAGGCUGCUGAAGACAAAAAGAGUGAAGGAGCUGAUGAAGACAAGAAAGAAGAGGAGAAGGAAGAAGAGAAGAAGGAUGAGGACAAAGAAAAAGAAGACAAAGAUGAUGAAGCGGAAGUUGAGGAAGAAUCUGAAGAGAAAGAGAAGAAACCCAAGACUAAAAAGGUAAUAUUAACCCUCCUUCAUUCACAUCUUUGUUGUCGUUGUUGUUGUUUGUACUAUUCGUUAAGGUGGCCGUACACAGUUUGGUAGGUUGUGAGUCAUAACUAUUCAUUGGGUGUUAUUUAAGACUCAUUGCAGGUUUUAAGCCGAAAUUUGGUAUGGACAAAAUAUAUUAAGAAGACAUUACGUUUAUUAGUGUAAACGUAAGAUUUUGAUCAUUGCCAUGGCAUCAUGGAUGAGUUAAAACAAGCCUAAAAUUAUUAAUUCAGUAGGUUUACGCCAAAUCUUGGGAUCAAUAUUUUAAUAAAACUUUUACAAGUGUACAUGUAGCUAUUGUAUUUGAAUCCCUUUAGCUGCAUAUCUUCUCAUGAUAUAGAUGUUAACAGUGGAGGUAUAAAGCAUUUGUAGGGGUGAAAACUUCAAAAUUCUUAUUAUUCUUUUAGAUCACAUCAGUCUUUUACACGCACAGAAAUAAUUGCAUCAGGGACAUUUCUUAGCGCCCGCAACUCCAUGUCAGAGAAACUGUGUUCAGCCACCUUAACUCAAGCAGCCAAUGUUUGGUCUCAGCUAUGUUACUCUUCAUUGAAGGGUUUCAUGUGAAAAGGUGAUCCCAAGGAGAAUUUUGCAGUUCGUCAGAAAUUACUGGGGACACUUUGCCAAACAUUCUUUCAGUUGAUUAAAGAAACAUUUGUACUCUUUUGACUGCUUACUCUAGGUGGAGAAGACAGUCUGGGAUUGGGAGCUUGUUAAUACCAACAAACCUAUCUGGACCAGAAAACCCAAAGAUGUGAAAGAUGAGGAAUACAAUGAAUUCUACAAAUCCUUUACCAAGGUAAAAUUCUUUCUUUCCUGUAAACUUUGAAGUUGCUGGUCAGAUGACCCAUAAUAUUAAAAAGUAAGUCACACAAACCUGGGUAAGGUGUGGAGCUGUAUGACUCUCCCAAUUCAUGGUUUUUUUUACUGAUGUUUUGUUAUUGUUUGAAGAUCUCCAGAGAUUUCUGAGGAAAAUCAGUAGUUGUUCUGUUGUUUGUUUAUCAUUGUUCUUGUUUUUACAUGAAGUAUAAAUUAUAUUGAGGCACAUGUUGGCAAUAUCUUAGAAAUAAUACAGUUGUAUUACUUUUGAUUGUUAGGCUAUUGUUUUUAGAUCCCUUUUUUAUAUAUUAUCUUAUUUCUGGGUUAUUUUUUUCUUGAACAUGAACAUGAACAGUCGUUUAACUUUGAUACUAAGAAAGAUAAAGAAAAAUCUGUAAGUUGAAGGGAGUUUUAUUGUAAGUACAAUGGUGUCAUUUUCAUUUGUUUUGAUCAUCAGUUAAUAUUAAACAGACAUAAAAAAGGGGGAAAACAUUUUGUAUCAUGAGACUCUUUGUUUUCUUUAUUUAUUUUGCUUCCUGGGAAUUGUUUAUUAUUGGUCCUGAUGAAAAUUGUUGUUUUCCUGCUUUUUUUAAUUGUGUCAAUAAAGUGGCAUUUAAUAAUUUGUACGGUUUUUGUUGUUGUUGUUAUAUUGUCGAAGGUAAGCAUGUAAAACUUCAAGUGUUUACACUGUAGUUCUUGCUUACAGAUUCAUCCCUUGUCUGCUACUACAGACACUUAAGUUUAUAUGAGCUAUGUAAAGGUUUGUCAGAGUUCCUUAAAACGAGGUUUAUUUAUUGUUUUCAUUGGUUUAGGAGAGUGAUGAUCCUUUGGCCAAGACUCACUUUGUUGCUGAAGGUGAAGUGACAUUCCGUUCUAUUCUGUAUGUGCCAAAGACAGCUCCUCACAACCUCUUCUCUGAGUAUGGGAAGAAAAUGGACCAGAUCAAGCUGUAUGUACGUCGCGUCUUCAUCACUGACAACUUUGAAGACAUGAUGCCUAAGUACCUGUCGUUCAUCCGUGGUGUUGUUGACUCUGAUGACCUGCCUCUGAAUGUAAGUCGUGAAACCCUCCAGCAGCACAAGCUCUUGAAGGUCAUCAGGAAAAAGCUUGUCCGCAAGGCUUUGGAUAUGAUAAAAAAGAUCCCCAAGGAUGAGUACAUCGAUAAAUUCUGGAAGGAAUUCAGCACAAGGUAUUCUCAGAACAUGAGAAGUUAUUAUGUUUCCUCCCCCUUCCUCCUUCAUUUGUUAACAAUUAAAUGAGGUUAAGUGACACAUCUGCAUUAUUUACACUGUAUGGUUACUUUGUUCAUGUUGUGUGCUUUUUAAGAUCAAAUGCUUGUCUUGUGGCUCGUUGGAAACCAACCAUACAAAGUCAUUUUUUUUUAAAAGCUCACUUUUGUAAUUUAUCUGGUUAUUUUUUUUAGUAUUAAGCUUGGUGUUAUGGAAGACCACUCAAACAGAACCAGAUUGGCAAAACUCCUGCGAUUCUUCUCUUCAAACUCUGAGAAAGAAUUGACAAGCUUGGCUGAGUAUGUUGAGAGAAUGAAAGAGAAGCAAGAUGCUAUUUACUUUAUGGCAGGAACAAGCCGUAAGGAGGUGAGUAUUGUUAGAUAAGGUGGGGCAAAUCUGAGAGCUGCUGUUCUUAUUUCCUACUGUGUUAUAGUAUGUGAUAAAGUAAUUCUAAUCUUUUUUCUUGUAGGUUGAGAGCUCUCCGUUUGUGGAAAAACUUCUAAAGAAGGGUUAUGAGGUGCUGUACCUUAUAGAGCCAGUAGAUGAGUACUGCAUUCAAAGUUUGCCAGAAUUUGAAGGAAAGAAAUUCCAGAAUGUUGCCAAAGAAGGACUGAAGUUUGGAGAAGACUCUGAAAAAAAGAAAAAGAAGCAAGAGGAGCUCGAGAGUACAUAUGAGCCUCUACUUAAAUGGCUGAAGGAUGAUGCUCUCAAGGAUCUGAUUGAGAAAGCAGCUGUCUCUGAGCGUUUGCAUGAUUCACCUUGUGCGCUUGUAGCAAGCUCCUAUGGUUGGUCUGGUAACAUGGAAAGAAUCAUGAGAUCACAAGCCUAUGCCAAGAGAGAUGACCCUAGCAAUGAGUAAGGAUAACAUUGUUCUACCCAAGCAUUCCAUAGUAACUAAAUACGUACACUGUAUUGUUUGGAAAGUGAUAAUACCACCUUCAAUUUUUGUUGUUUUCAGUAAAACCUCUCCCAGCCCUUUAGAAGUUCUAGUUUAUCUUAAAAAAUUCCUUUACACCUGUAUACUGUUCUUAGGCUUCUUUCCUGGAUCUUUUGAUGGCGUUUGGUUUAAUACUAGGAACAUAUUUUUAAAGGCUGAAUGCAAGCUUUAUCCUUCUUCUCCUCAAAAUGUUAUCGUUGCAUUUGUUUUGCAAAUGUCUGAAGUUAGAUUUCAAGCUACUACCCUUUCCCAUGGCUAAGAAACCAUCUUGGCUCAUGUUAGUUUUAAGGUAGCAAAAUGAAACUGGUGGCAGGCAGCAUCCAUGAGAAACAACUUGUGUUAGUUGAGUUUGUUUACUUGCUGCUGCCCACAGUGUUAUAGUUUUAUUUUUCCUCUAUACUGGUAUAUUGUGAAUUACUAUUGUACCCCAGUCCUCCCCUACAGCAACCCCUUCCCAGUGCAUUUAAUGAGCUACACUUGAGAGCUAAGCCUGGUUGCAAAGUUCACUUUAUUCAGGGUGCAAAGAAAGUCAUUUUUACAGUUUGUCAUUAGGGCAAGCUGAAGCUAACAUUUACUAGCCCAAACAUCAUUUCAACUAGCCCCUAAAGGGUUUUGAUGGGCAGAAUUGAUUUCACAGUUCUUCUGUAAUUUGAAUUCCACAAAAAACUUCACUUGCCCAUCGGGCAAGUUAAAAACAGAAUUCACUAGCCUGAUAGCAAUAUCCACUAGCCCCGGGCUAUUGGACAUGACUUUCUUUGCAUGCUGCUUUAUUCCAGACCAAAGGAUUUAAUAAUUCUAUGAAACUGCAGUAUGCCUUGUCAUAAAAUUCACAAUAAACUUUAGUUCUUUUAGUCAGCCACCAUAUACCAAGCACCUAAGUUGUUGUAGGUUUUACGUGACAAAAAAAUUUGUUAAUUUUUGUAGGUAUUAUGCCAACCAGAAAAAGACCUUAGAGGUCAACCCCAAACAUCCAUUGGUCAAAGAACUUCUGAAGCGAGUGGAAACUGACAAAGAGGACAAGACAGCUAAGGAUCUUGCUCGCGUCUUGUUUGAAACUGCCACUCUCAGAUCAGGGUUUAUGAUCAAGGUAAGAAAAAGACUGAAUAUUUAGCAUUAUUAUUGAAUGAGUGAGAGUACAAUAUGAAGAACAAGACGCUACGGAGCUAGCGUACACUUCGGCAUCGUGUUUGUGGAACUAAUUAAUUGUAAAAAUUAUGCGGAGGAAUAGUAAGAAAUCAAAUAUGGUAAGAGUAAGGUGUGAAAUUAUGGGAUUUGUCAGGACAUUCUGAAAAGAGCAACAUCCAAGAUACCUACUUGCCAAAAACUAGCAUUUCAGGACAAAUUGUCUCCGCAAUAUUAGCCCAGUUAUGCUCUGAUGACUGCAUACAAAUCCUUCUAAAAAAAAAAAAUUCUCUAUUUUUCUUAGUCACAUCAGGCUUCAAAAACAGCAUAGCAGUCUUAUGUACUGACUAAAGAACAAACUUAUCCCCUCCCCCUACCAUACAAAAGAGCUAUAUCUUCAUUAGUUUUCAACAAAUCAUAUUCAAACUUGGCAUCUUUACAAAUUUUAAGGGGUUAUUUUGCUACGGAAGGGUCUAUUCUUCAUAGCUUACAAAAGCUGAAUCCAAAAUUGGCUACCUCUUCCCUUGGUGAUUCUCGGUUUGGUGUCUCUUUCUUUUGAUAUUCUUUUAAUUGACAUCAUUGGUCAUGGAGAAUUAACUGGGGAAUUAAGGCCAAUCGGAAACUGAAAUAUUUUGGAUGAAUAAUAGUUUUUCCAGUCAAAUGUUUACAUGCAAAGUAGCAGAAUGUUAUUGUUUGUUGGGAUUUCAAGUUAAAGCUUCUCAAUGUAAGGAAAAUUCCUUUCCAAAGUACUUCUUUGUAUUCAAUCAGAGAAUUGCUUUGAAGGGUAACACUAGUUUUUAAAGAGGUUCCGAGUGUAAAAGAUUUUCACAUUAACAAGAGUAGUAGUAGCCUGAAUUUCAUUUGAUUACUUCGAGUCGUUAUUACACCCUCAGUUGGGGGGAGAAAACGACUCGAAGCAAUCGGAUGAAUUUCAGGCUAGAGUAGUAGUUCAAUUAAAAGAUUUCAAAAAUCAAUUUCCGUUUGUUGGUGUUGCUGUUAACAGGACUCUCAAGAUUUUGCUGGUCGCAUUGAACGCAUGCUGCGUCUAAGCAUGGGAGUGGACUUGGAAGCUACCGUGGAACCGGAGGAGGAAGAACCUGAGGAGAAAGAGGAAGAAGAGAAAGAAGGAGAAGAGGUAGAGGCAGAGGAAGACAAGGAUGAAGAGAAAACGGAAGAGUCUGCGUCCACAGAUGAAGCUGCUGCAGAAGCAACAGGAUCUGAAGAGGAAACCAAGACUGAGGAGAAAGAAGAUGAAGUGGAGGUAAAG